GUCCAUCACAGAGGAGCGAGCGUCUCCAUUAGAGAUGAAAGGGUCUGAAUGGAGCCAAUCAAAGACGACCUCAGCAGGACACACACACACAGCCGGGGAGGGGUGGUCGUGUCCAAGCUCGUCUGCAUGACCAUGUGAUCAUGAGGCUGACACAAACAGAUUCGCUAGAUACAUUUGUCAUCUGUGUUUUGGCUAGUGUUGUCGUCUAACUCAGACUCAGCAGGUCACAUGACGGGAGGAAAUCAGAGUUUCAGUCCUACAGAGAUGGAUCUGUGUGUUGAGUUUCACUGACAGUUGAAGACGUUUCUGCUGGUUCUGGAGCUGAAGGUCCUUCACACGUCUCCCGUCAACAGAUCACUGCUGUUUGAUCUCAUCACUCUUUCAUCCCUGCAGCACGGCUCCCUCACUGUGUGUGUGCUAUCAGCCAGCAGGCAGGAAGGUGAGUUCUGGGGGGGUGGGCGGGGGCCCCCCCCAGACCGACUGGAGCCUCCCUGUAACAGCCUCAUUGAGACUGAAUGAGACGUCUUAAUUACUCUGGUUGUGAAAACUGGAGGGGGAGUGAGGAUGUGCCCUUUGAUCCUCAGCUGGGACGUCCAGUAUAAAGGCCGGGCGGGCCUGCGUGGCUCACAGACCCAGCAGAUCCAGCUCCAGAACAGACAUGAGGGGACGCUUCUCCAUCGAGUGGAUGGCCCAGAGCAGCCAGCGGACUGGGCCAGGACAGGCCGAAUCUGGACUAACCGGAUCAGCACAGUGUGAAUCGGAUCACUGGACUGGACCUGCCGCCUGUGGGACGCAUUCAGAGAGCCUCCCUGGUUUUUACUGCAGAUCCAGGAUCGAGGGGGAAUUAGACAAGCCUGGACCCUGCAGCACGACUCAGCACCAGUACAUGGAGCCACUGCAGAACCAGAACAACAAGAUGGCAGGCUCCGAGGUGGGGUUCAGCAGCGGGACAGAGGAGGAGACUUCAGGGUAUGAGAGCGAGGGUGGGAGGUCGAGAACGCCAGUCUUGACCCAGACAGACCACAGCGCCACUUCGCCAGAGACGCCCCCUACAGGCAGGAGGCCUCGAACAGCAUUCACAGCAGAGCAGAUCAACAGUCUGGAGUCAGCCUUCAAGAGAAACGCGUACCUGGGCACGCAGGACAAGGCUGAGCUGUGCCGGACCCUCAACCUCUCGGACAAGCAGAUCAGGAACUGGUUCCAGAACCGGAGAAUGAAGCUGAAGAGGAUGGUCCAGGAUGCGUUGGCUCACGCCUGCCAGGCCAAUGCCGCCUCUCAUUAUAUGCAGGCUUAUCGCACCGCACCGUACCCACGAUACCAUGCUGCUGCGCCGCUACCUGAGGGGCCGGCGCCGUACGUCCACCCGCACUCACUGCAGUUUGGAUCCCCGAUGCCCCUCGACUCCUUCUACCAGUACAGCAGCCUGCCUGGCAUGGUACUGCCCACUGCAGCGCCACCUGUGGCGGGUUCCUUCCCGACCUACCCAUCGUACUACUGACUCCUGCGAACUGAAGCGUUGUCUUAAAAAGAGAAGAGUUUAAUUUAUUUUUGAACCAGAAUGAGUUUUGGAUCCUGAUCGGAGGGGCCCCGCCGCUGAGAUCCAAGUUACCGAGUCCCUGGGGUGUGCAAUAUUUGUGUGUUUUUGAGGCUUGUAUUUUAUAUUGAGCUGAGAUGA